AUGUGCCGAAACGGGCUGCUCGGCCCAGCCAUCGGCGACUUGCUCGACGACGGCGCGCCGGUCGAGGAGCGGCUCAACCGGGCCGCCCUCAAGGCGACGGCGCGGCGUCACGCGCUGGCGGCGGAGGCCGAUGCGAGGCAGGCGGCGGAGCAUCCGUUCCAGCCGCGUGGCAACCGGCACUCGCGGCAGCUGCUCCGCGAGCGGCGGCCUCUCACGCAGGAGGAGCUAUCCGACGCCGCCGUGCGUGCGCGGGAGCUGAUUGCCGCCGCGCGAGCGGCGCGUGUGGCCGACGAGAUGGCCGAGGCGACCUUUGCCCCGGCGCUGGACGAGCGGUCCCGCGCGAUCGCCGAGGCGGCGCUGGCGGAGGCGCCUGCCGGCGCACCCACCGACUUUGUCUCUCGCUCUCGCCGCUGGGCCGAGGCGCGGGAGGCGGCGCGGCGCGAGGCGGCGGCGCAGGCGGCGGAGGCUGCGGCUGCCUACCUUGAGCAGAGGCCGGAGAUGACGGCGCAGUCAAAGGCGCUGGCGCAGAAGCGGUACGACGCGCUCCUCCUCCGGGAGGCCUCGAGGGAGGCGGAGGCCUUGCACUUGGGAAGGGAGAGCCUCAACUCAGCGACGGGAGGAGGAGGAGGUGGUGGAGGAGGCGGCGGAAGUGGCGGAGGUGGCGGCGGCGGAGGUGGAGGAGGCGGUGUAGGUGGCGGCGGCGGAGGCGGAGGCGGAGGAGGCGGCGGAUACGCAGAGGUUGCGGCGGCGCAGAGGGCGGCGGCCGAGGAGCGAUGGGCGGCGCGCGUUGGCGAGAUUCUGGCCGAGGAGGAGCCGUUCCGCCCCGCCAUCACGUCCGCCGCGUCCUCGCUCGUCCGAGCCGGCGACGUGUGUGAGCGGCUGCACCGCGAUCGCGAGGAGAGGGAGGCGCGGCGAGAGCAGCAGCGGCGGGCGAUCGAGGCUGAGCAGCAGGAGAAGGAGGCCGCCGCCGCCGCCGCCGCCGCCGCGGCUGCCCGCGAGCGCGCCGCCGCCGCCGCCGCCGCCGCUGCGCCGCUAGGCCACUCUGCGGGUUGGGCGGCGCCGCGGGCGGCGAGGGUGGAGGAGGGGAUCGUGGCGCGCUCUCGCGCGGCGCGCAGCCGGUCGGUGGCAGCGCUCGAGGAGCUGCUCGCGGCGGAGUGUCCGUUCGCGCCCUCCAUCGACGCGCGCUCGACCGCCAUCGAGGCGCGGGCGAGGGAGAGGGACCCCGAGGCGGCGGCGGCGCGCCUCUACGCGCCUCCUCGCCGCCCGCCGCCGCCGCAGCAGCAGCAGCGGCGGCCGGGGCGCGGCGGAAGCGGCGGAAGAGGAGGUGGAGGAGAAAGCGGCGGAGGCGGCGGGCGGCGCGGAGGCGGAGGAGGCGGCGGCGCGGGGUCGGGGGGCGUCGAUGGGGCGCGUGAGGCGUCGGCUUCGGACACGCUCGACCCGAGGCUGCACCCGGAGUGCCGUUUCGCGCCCGCCAUCGACGCGCACUCUGCGGCUCUCGACGGCGCGCGCGGCGGGCUUAGCGGCGCCGCGAGGGCAGCGAGGCUGCACGCGCGGCACGCGGCGCUGGAGCGACGGCGCGGGGCGGCGGCGGAGGAGAAGCGCGCGCGCGAGCUCGACGGGUGCACGUUUGCGCCAGAGACCCUCGGAGGAGGCAGAGGAGGCGGAGGAGGCGGAGGAGGCGGAGGAGGCGGAGGAGGCGGAGGCGACGUCGCUUCGCGCAGCGCGGAGUGGGCGGCGAGGCGCGAGGCGAGGCUGCGCGUGGAGAGGGAGGCGAGGGACGCGCGGAGGGAGGUGCGGAUGCACACGGCGCUCGCCUCCGCCGCGGCGCGCGUUCCGCUCGACGAGCACAACUGCGCCGCCGAGUGGGUGGCGAGGAUGAGGCACGCCCGCGCGCAGGCGGCGGAGGCGAAGCGGGAGGCGCCCUGCACUUGGACGGGCGAGCUGACCACGCCCGUCGAGUUCUCGCUCGGGACGCGGCGAGGCGCGCCGCUCGCCGACACGGCGGCAGCGUUUGCCGCGGCGGCGGCGGAUGCGCGCCGCCGCUGCGACUCCCCGGAGGGCCACGGGUUGGAUGGCUACGCCUCUGCCGCGAGCCGCACGCCGCACGCCUUCCGCGAAGCCGCGGCCGUGCCGACGCCAGCGACCGCAUCGGCCGACAGCGCCGCCGGCGAAGCUUCGUGGUAUGAGGCGCCGGAGCCGCCGGUUGGCGUGGCCGCCGCCGCCAGGGAGUCACCGCUCAAGCAGCGCGCGCUGAGGCAUGCGACCACCGCGGGAGAGGCGGCGGUGGCGCCUCCCCCGCCUGUGCGCGAGGAGCAAGACGACGACGACGACUUCGACGAGAUGUUCGACGACUACGAUGCCGAUGAUGUCUAG